CCUAUCUUAUUCAUCAGGACUUUUAUAGUAGUCUUUCUCAGCUUUUAACACGAGGAUCCAUCAACACUCACCAGCGAAGUCCAUAGCCAAAGAUGAUUUUCAAGAAGAUAGUGACAAUUUGUCUGAUCAGCAUGUUUGCGGCAACCGUGAUUGCCAGUCGAUCUCGCCGACAAGCUGUGAAUUGUACUCCACAAGAAAUGAAAGAGCUGAAAAGCGUGGGUAUCAAUUUAGAAAAGAGUAAAAUUGAUUGCAGCGCUGCCAUAUCUGCGCCAGUUGCAGACAAACACAAAAGUUCGCAGCAAAAAGGAGAGAAGCAAAAUGAUGGUGGUAGACGUUGCAUUAAAAAAGUGAUAGGGGGUCAGACUGUGGAGAUAAACCAACACGAAGGUCAAUAUUGUUGUAGUCCAGCAUGUGACGCAAUAAUGAAGAGAAUGGGUUGUCCAUAUCCAGUUCUGGCGUCAUGCACGUGA